CGUUUCCAUUGGAUUAAAAACACGCCAGUCUCAUAGGACUACAUAAUUGUGUUCGGUUGAGAGAGAACGUAGUAGCUCGGAGCCUAGCUGUCAUUUGCGAGCGAGGUUGCCGCAAGAGCAGGCACCUAUGCAAUUCAGUGGGGAACUAUAGGAGGUGCAUGUUACAUUCCGGAGGCAGGACUGGAGGUGACAAGUGGGCGAUUGCUACACAGUCGGCUCCCACUCAUCCGUGUUCACCGACGGGGAGAGUUACAUGGAGAGGUAAACGCAAAGCAUGAAGUGCGGACCUGUAAUUAUGUUUGUACCUCCAGUUUUGGAAUUGGUGUUGUUUUUAUGUACAAUUGGAUUGUCCAAUUCUGCACCUCACUUGAAAAGCAAGGAUGCGUCGCCCGCCUGGAGGCAUCCCCGCGCCGCCUUGGAGAUUACUGGGGAACCACUCAGCACCUCCAUUCCAAGCCAUUUAUCCGAGGACAAGUCCGAGGAUGCCACGAUUGCUGGGCUCACGCCGGCUCCCACCACGACGGUGGCAGGACGGACGGCUGGCGUUACGGUGCAACCUUCGGCCACCGCCACAAUAGCGCCUACGAUCGUACCCCGCAAAACCUUGCAUCCUAUCACGAAAAAUGGGGAUGCGGUAACGGGCUUAAUCCACACAACCUCUGCUUUGGCAUCAACGAUCGUUCAUUCCCUGGAUAAAACAGCACGACAAACCACGCUAUCCGCAGUUAGCGAAAAUUCGUGGUCCACGAAAGACACCGCUUCACCACUAGACACUACCACAAAGAGCAGGCAAGCCCUGCUGUGUAACUGCAGCAGUGAGGGUGUUCUGGAUCCGGAGGACUGCGAUGGGGAGACGGGCCAGUGCUCCUGCCUGCAGGGCUACAUGGGGCUGCAGUGUGAGGACUGCGAGGAGGACCACUUCACCAACGGCUCCACCGGCUGCCAGCCCUGCGGCUGCGACUCCUUCGGCGCCGUUGACGUCCGCUGCAACAGCUCCGGUGCCUGUGUGUGUAAAACCGGCGUGUUCGGGCCGAAGUGUGAUGAUUGUUACCCUGGAUACUUCAGAUUCAGCAGUACCGGAUGCCAGACUUGCCAGUGCAACAACCACUCCAGUUACUGCCACCCUCAGUCAGGCAUCUGUCUGGACUGUCAGGACAACACAAAAGGCCCCGGCUGUGAGGAGUGUGGCGAGGGUUUCUACAGGAGGCCGGGGGCUGCCCUGACAGAUGCCUGCAUCGCCUGCCCCUGCGCCCUCAACACCUCCACAGGCACCUGCCACAGCGGCAGCAGCGGGGGUGCGGUGUGCGAGCAGUGUCGCGCCGAGUACCAGGGUCCGCUCUGCGAUCGCUGCGGGGAUGGGUUCUUCCGCUCCGAUGGCGCCUGCCGGCCCUGCGACUGCAGCGGGAACGCGGACGCCGCGGCGACGCCCAGCCUGUGCCACCCGGAGACGGGCCGCUGCCUGAGCUGCGCCAACCACACGGCCGGGCCUCGCUGCGAGCGCUGCGCCGACGGGUUCGCCGGGAACGCCCUCGCGCACACCUGCACGCCCACAGUGCACGUCACCGCGACAACCACCCCGGUGACCACGAUCACCGGUGACACGGCCACGACCACCGCCAUGGCGACCACCACCAACUCCACGGGCGGGCGGACGAGCGCGGCCACCACGCAGUCCCUGCUGACCAGUCUGGGCGGCCCCACGGACAACGCCACGACGACGGUCUCCGAGGUGUCCUGGGCGCAGUUCAACGUGGUGGUGCUGGCGGUGAUCAUCGUGGCGGUGGUGCUGCUGAUGGGCGCGGCCGGCGGGUUCUACAGCUACCGCGAGUACCGCAACCGCAAGCUGAACGCGCCCUUCUGGACCAUCGAGCUGAAGGAGGACAACAUCAGCUUCAGCAGCUACCACGACAGCAUCCCCAACGCCGACGUGUCCGGCCUGCUGGAGGACGAGCCCGGGGAGGCCCCGCCCAACGGCCAGCUGGCCCUCAGCAGCCCCAGGAAUGUGUAUAAGCCUUAGGCCACGCCCCCUUCCAGAGGCCACACCUCCCUCAGCAGCCCCAGGAAUGUGUAUAAGCCUUAGGCCACGCCCCCUUCCAGAGGCCACACCUCCCUCAGCAGCCCCAGGAAUGUGUAUAAGCCUUAGGCCACGCCCCCUUCCAGAGGCCACACCUCCCUCAGCAGCCCCAGGAAUGUGUACGAGCCUUAGACCACACCCCCUUCCAGAGGCCACACCUCCCUCAGCAGCCCCAAGAAUGUGUAUGAGUCCUAGGCCACGCCCCCUUCCAGAGGCCACACCUCCCUCAGCAGUACACGCCUCCAUAAUCAGCGCCACAAACAUGUAUAAGCACCUUAGGACACGCUCCCCUUUUCUCUCAGCGGGACACGCCUCCCAAUGUCGCCCCACGAACAUGACAUGCCUUAGGCCACACCCCCUCCCAGAGACCACAUCCAGACCCCCCCUCCCAGACAUACCCACCCAGGAACUAAGCCUGUGCAUGGUCUCUGGGAAGGGGGGCUGUAGCGCAAGAAGAAUUAAAUCUCUGGAAGGAAAGCAACCAACAAUCGCCAAAAAAAGCAUAUGAUUUUUUUUU